UGAGAAAUGAGAGGCCACUCGGCAUUUUUCAUUGGCAUUCCUAGUCUCCGGUCAGGUGUCGUAGUGUUUUCCCCGUUUACAUUUUUAAAUGAUUUCGUAUUAUUUUGUUCCUGUUCGUUUUUUGUCUUAAAUACUUGUAAGUUUUCAGCACCUUGGCCGAAAUAAAUAUUUUAUAUGAUACCUAUCAUCUAUGAUUUCGACUUUCAAGUCACUCACUGGCGGUCAGUCACAGUCUGCCGUUGAAAACCCCCGAACCGGUAGCCAUUAUAGUCGCCCUAAACACAUUUAGAUUUUUCGAACAAUUUUCCGUUUUGCGUGUGAGUAUAAUUUUAUUGUAAUCGGGGAAAAGUUCGUGUAAGCUGACAUGGCGGACAAGAGUGAACACCGCCCGUUUGCCGAUGCAUCGACGACCAUCUGCGAAGAUUUCGAAAAAGUCUGCUCCAUUUCGCCAAAGGUUGACUUUGUGGACGGAUUCGAAAACCCGGUGGCUUGGCAGAAGAAGUACAAGCGGCGCAGCAAUCAGUCGGACGUACUGUUCGACAACCUGGACAUGAAAUCCACUACCCUGGGCCAAUACGGCAUGCAGCACGACCGACUCCCUGAGUUCAUCAAAUGGAAACUAUUUGGUUAUAACAUAGUUAUUUGUUAUGAAUAUAUUAAUGAAGGAAAGACAAAAAAAGCUUUGGAAAUAAUUGGAGAAAUCGAAACCAUAUUAUCAUCUGUUGGAAGUAACGAUAAUUUUUUGAAGUCUAUUAGGAUAGCUCUCAAUCACAUAACAUUUUCAAUGAAGGGUUAUUUGUUAAAAUUGUGUUCAAAUGAAACUAUGGCGUUAGAACAUUUUAUUAUGCCAUAUAACAUGAACAAUGCCAAUAAAGCUGGAUUAUUUGGUAUUCAAACAUUAUUCUUUUAUGAGUAUGGUUUAUCUGCUGCACAAAUAGCAAAAGAUAGCGCACUUAAAGCAUUAUCGCUAAAUGGAACUGAAGCUGAAUGGUAUUUUUUAAUGGCUAAAGUAUUAACUAACUGGCAAAGAACAUGUGGCAAUUAUUUCGAAUGUUCUGAACAAGAAAUUAAAGCAUCUGAAAUGGCUGUUAAACUUGGUAACAAGGAUCAGCAUAAAUUGCAUUUAGUUCAUGUUUAUCAUCGGAUGAGUAAAAACAUAAAUAAAAAUAAAAAUGCCAAAAAUAAAAUUCUAGAAGAGGCAUUAAAAUUACUAAUUGAAGUAAUUGACAAUACAAAAGAUUUGCUUUUGCUAAAAAGUUGUUUAAUUAGCUUAUCGAAAAUUUCUCAAAAUAAAGAGUAUAACGAUGAUAUUGCUGUCAUCUUGGAUCAACUUAUUUAUGCAUUAGAAUAUAGUGAUAAUGGUUAUGUUCAUGGGGCAAUUGGAAACUACUAUUUGUUUAAUAAAAAGGAUUAUGUAAAAGCCAACUUUCAUCUUAAGAAAGCUUAUGAUGUCAAAAGCUUUGGUAGUUCUAUUGACUAUGUUUAUACAUUUUUUAAAAUAAAUCCAAAAACUGCUCCAAUAGAACAAAUGAUGGUGGACUUGUUAAAAACAUUUCCUCAUCCUGUUCACCAAGAAAAACUUUUAAGUCAAACUAUAUCAUAUUUACUUCUGACCAAAAAUGAUCUCUUACGAGCGCUGAAGUACAUUCCAAUGCUGUUGAGCAUUAAAAAUGUGACUUGUAUUUACAGCAUUCAGACACAUAGAACCAAGUUUAGUAAUUAUACUAUAGAAGUUAAUUUGUUAGAUGUUAUAUCCGAAAAACUCUCUAUAGCUUCAAAAAAUACAACAUUGUCUGCAGAUGAUCAAAAAAGAGUUACAGAAGUUAUGAAAAUACUAGAAUCAUUUAAAUUACAUGUAUCGAGUUUGAUGAAAAAUAAAGAACACAUUUUUGGAAACAAAGUUACAGACAAUACUAAAGUUAAGACUGUAUCAUAUAAUAAUGACAGAGGACAUAAAGAAUCAUGGACCCAUAACAAUUAUAAACAGGUUGUGAAUCCUGUGCAGAAUACGGAUGAAGGUAACUGGAGGACUUUAAAACCAGAUUCUACUCCAAAAACUACAAUUUUUAUGCGUAAUAACCCAACUCAGAUGAAAAAGCCAUGGUAUGGAAAUCAAGAUAACUUAUAAUUUGAAUUUAUAAAUACUUUUUUUACAUGAGAUAAAUCAGUUUAAUAUAUAAAUUACUAUUUAAAAUUAUGUACUGUGAAGUAAUUGUAGUUAGUUGUUAUUAAUUGUUUAAUCUUAAACUGCAGCUUAAAGUUUUUUGUUGAUUAACAUUGUUCUUUGUUUAUUAAACCAAACUCUUUUCGAGAAUGGUAUCAAUAGAUAAGAUGAUAAAUGUAACCAAACAUGUUUCAUAACUAACCUAUUUUAAAAAUAAUAUGUAAAGGAUUUUAUAGUUAAUGUUUGAUUUGGAUUUACAAUAUUUUAUUCAAUUUUGACUUAAAAUUAUUAUUAGAUUGAAUUAAAUUCAUUACUAAUCUAUCCUCUCAUAUCCUAUUGUUUUUUAUAGUCCACAGUAUUAUAGUCAAUCCUCAAGAGUCAAAACCCAUACAUGGUAGCUCAAUAUUUUGGAAAUCAAACAUUGGCGGUGAACGAGUUGUCAUGGACGAGCAAAUCAAAUGCCCGAAUACCAUAUGAUUGUCAGCCUGCGCUCGUCGUUUCUUCCAGGCGGAGUCGGCGACUCGCGACUGUCACGAGUCGGUGAAACACUGAAACUGGCGCUUCUCUCAUAACCUCAAAAUCCUGUUGAAAACAAAUAGUUUCUCUCUUUUGGCGUUCGUAGCCUGCCCUCGUGUAAUAUUCGCCUAGUCUUGUG